GGGAGAGCGCAGAUCUGCAGAUCGAUGAGGUGGUAGCCACCAUGCUCGUACCGUUCACUGCGACUACUCGUUGUCGGAUGGUCGCGCGCUCGAGUCGCGGGCCACGCGGUUUCUUCCCCAAGCGAACCCACCACCGCCAUCGCAAUCAACCAAACCACCAACCACACCCAAUCAAAUGACCUCUGCCGCCUGGCCCGUUCCCCUGCCGGGGGUAGAACGCGUUCCCCGCGCAGCUACCAGCAGUUCAGCAUCUCAGCGACGUUUACGUGGGUAAACGAUACGAUUGCAGCUAAUUGCAGCUGGCCAGAGCAGCAGCGUGCUGUGCAAUGCGACCCCCUCCGCCCACAGGCAAUUGUGUGCAAAGGUUGUCUUUACACAUUACACCGAUCCACACACUGCCCUUGGUCGGUCCGUGACCGGAAGUUGACUGCCCUGCAGACAGGAGUGUGAGCGAUGAUCACAGAGCUGGUGAUGAACCGGAUCCGGCAACUGCUGCUAGCGAUAGUGGGCGUGCUGAAGCGGGCGAUGUGUUGUUUUGCCCGCCGCCGAAAGCUGUCCGCGAGCGAGUGCGAGGUGUUGAGCGCGGUCAGCGUCGACCGGUAUCCGGCCGGUGGCCGCACCACAGCCGGCGGCAAGAACGUCCCCGAGAAGGACUGGAACUCGUGGGACGAUUCGCCCCGCACGGUCGAGGAGCACAUCGAGCGGUACAGGGAAACGCUGGCCCAGCCGCCGUCCCCGACCGAGCCGCAGCCGGAGGUAGACUACUUUCAGGACAUGGCGCCGCAGAUCUCCUCCCAGCCGAAGGUGUGCAUCGCGACCGAAACCGAGCCGACCGACUUUAGCCGUCUGGUGGCCAAAAUUGACAUUCCUGUUGUGAACGAGCUAGAAGACUGGAACGAGGGCGAGCGGAGUGGUUGGGACGAUGCGGACGAAACGACCACCAAACAGUUGAUAAGGGAAACGAGGAAAGAGCUGCGAGCCCAGCGGCAUCAGCAGAACCGGCACCAGCUCGAAUCGUCCUACGCAUGAUGGGUUUAGCAAUUUCCCUGCCCAGCCAACGACUACGUGUACAGAAAGAAAGAAAGAGAGAGAGAGAGAAGGAAAGAGAGAGAGAGAGAAGGAAAAAGAGAGAGAGAGAGAGAUAGAGAGAGAGAAGAGAGAAAGCGACGCACGAUACCACUCGCCUCACCCUUACAAGAUACGGCUUACUUUUGACCUUCCUUCUGGUUCCUUUUGCCGAUCUUACGAAAAGGAAACGAGGCAUUGAUCUACACUCCAAAAGUGUUUCCUCCCUUUUUUCCUCUUUCCCUAAUUUUAACAGAGCUUACUGGCAACGAUUGCUGGGUAAGAAGUCAAAUCGACACCCUGGCGUGGUACGCAUAUUGAACCUCCAGCGAUAAUCCGUCAAAAGAUGUGGCAAACCAAAAACUGAUUGUUUAUUUUUGUAUUAUCAUUAGUUGGAAACAUUUUGAAGAAUUAAUUUUAAUCGAAUGUGUUAUUCAUAGGCUGGAACAGUCAGAUCCAUUCGUUCUAGCUGAGCGAAUGGGAUGAAUGUCUAGUUUGAGCUACGUGUGUGACUUAGCUACAACAACAAAAGACGAUAGAGAAAACAAGUCCCAUUGUGUUAUUCUUUAUCCUUGUCUGCACGAAAACCAAACUCCCUGUUCUGAAGAGAAUACGGAAUCCAUCCGCGGUUCGCUCGGGAGGACAAGUAGAUUGGGAACCUGUGUGUCUGGCCGGUUACCGCAGAGAUAAGGACUAUUCAAUGUAAAUUAAAAUGUAUUAAACAAAAUGAAAAGUGACACAAUCGCA